AAAACCUCUGUGAAAUUCAAUUUAUGAAUGAAUAAAAAAAAAUACACGAUAAUAAAUUAAAUAUUGGAACAACUUUUCUGUAGCACGUAUUACAAUUGACAGUUGUGAAAAAAUACUCCCUAUCGCACAGAUAUUGUAUGGGAAAAUCGCUUAUUUUUCAGAUGACUAGAUAUAAGCAAGCAGAAUUUGAAGAUGAAGAUAGCAGUAGUAUCGGCUCCGUUGCUCUCAACAGCGAAGGAAUAAGCACUUCUGCGACUCACAUAAGAUAUCAUACUUCAGGUGUUGUACAGGGCACAACGCUAUGGAGAGCCAGGAGUACAAUGGAGAAAUGCCUAGUCGUCACAUGCACCGCAUUGCUGUUUAUGGUGAUAGUAAUGUCAAUUGUAAUAAGCAGCAAAAGUGGGUGGGACAAUGCUCAAAUUUUGCACGUUACCUCACAUGGCGAUGAUGGUACCCAUUGUCUGACGGAGCACUGUGUAGUGGUAGCUUCGUCGAUAAUCAGCAGCAUAGAUAAGUCUAUGGAUCCGUGUGAUGAUUUUUACGAAUACGCUUGCGGGGGUUGGCUAAAGCAAAAUCCCAUUCCAAGUGGAAAGGGUACAUGGGGUACAUUUGAUAAAUUGGAGCAAAAGAAUCAGCUUGUUGUAAAAACCGUCCUUGAAAAACCGUCAAUUGAGUUCAAAUCCAAAGCAGAGAGGAAGGCCAAACUAUACUACAUGUCUUGCAUGGAUGCCAAUGAAACAAUUGAAGCUUUAGGAGCAAAACCAAUGAUAAGUUUGUUGCAAACAGUUGGUGGUUGGAGCAUAUCAGGAGACUUCAAUGUAACCACAUGGUCUCUACAGAACAGUAUGCACAUACUUCAAAAUAAAUACAAUAUGCGUGGUCUUUUCUCUUGGUCGGUCAAUGAAGAUGACAAAAAUAGCAGCCAACAUAUCAUUCAAAUUGAUCAAGGAGGAUUGACGCUACCUACAACAGAUAAUUACUUGAAUAAGACCGAAAAUGCUAAACUGUUAGCUGAGUAUUUGGAAUACAUGACAAAGAUUGGAGUGUUACUUGGAGGGGAGGAGAAUACAACGCGAAAACAUAUGCAAGAUAUAAUAGAUUUUGAAACAAAAUUGGCAGAGAUUACAAUUCCACAAGCAGAAAGGAGAGACGAAGAAAAAUUGUAUAAUUUAAUGCCGUUAAGUGAAUUGCAAGAGCAAGCUCCAUUUAUGUCAUGGGUGGAGUAUUUUCAAAAUGCGAUGCGGCUUGUUAGCAAAAAAGUAAAUAGUAAAAUAAUGAUUGUGAAUUAUGCUCCGGAGUAUUUUGUGAACUUGACGAAACUCAUCAAAGAUUACAAAAAGACCGAAGAGGGAACAGUCAUAUUGAAUAAUUACUUGAUAUGGCAAACGGUACGUUCGUUAACAGCGUAUUUAUCAAAGCCAUUCCGAGACGCUUAUAAGGGAUUAAAUAAAGCCCUGAUUGGAUCGGAAGGCGGGGAUGAGCCAUGGCGAUAUUGUGUUAGUGACACAAACAACGUUAUGGGCUUUGCAAUCGGUGCAAUGUUUGUGCGUGAGGUAUUCCAUGGGCAGAGUAAAACUAUGGCCGAGGGAAUGAUAGAUGAAAUUCGUCGAGCAUUUACGCAAAAUCUAAAAAAUCACGAAUGGAUGGAUGCCGAGACGAGAAAAUCUGCGGAAGAGAAAGCUAACGCGAUUACAGACAUGAUUGGGUUCCCAGACUACAUUCUUACCGCGAGCGAAUUGGACGAUCGUUACAAAGAUCUAACGAUAAAAGUGAAUGAGUAUUUCUGGAACAAUAUCAGGGUGAAUCAGUAUAAUUUGAAAAGGAACUUGGAAAAAUUAGACAAACCAGUAAACAAAACUUCUUGGAUAAUGACACCGACCACCGUAAACGCCUACUACACUCCAACAAAAAAUCAGAUAGUUUUUCCAGCAGGGAUUCUACAAAGUCCAUUUUACGACACUCAAAAUCCUAAGAGUCUUAAUUUUGGCGGAAUGGGUGUAGUUAUGGGACACGAGCUUACCCAUGCAUUUGAUGAUCAAGGAAGGGAAUAUGACUUACAUGGGAAUCUACAUAAGUGGUGGAAUAAUGCUACAAUUGAUAGGUUCAAAAACAGGACUGAAUGCCUCGUCGAGCAGUACAACAAAUUUGAAAUCAAAGGAAGGCAUAUUAAUGGCAGGCAAACACUAGGUGAAAAUAUCGCAGAUAAUGGAGGACUGACCGCAGCGUACCAUGCAUACCUAUCGACACCUAAGAGCUACAAAGAUCAACUUCCCUUACCUGGCCUGAAUCUGACUCAUCGGCAAUUAUUUUUUGUCAGCUUUGCCCAGGUCUGGUGUUCCGCAGCAAUGUCGGAGACAGUGGGCUUACAGUUACAGAUUCAGAGUAUGUGUACGCCUCAGAAGCAAAUUAAAGCCACAAGCAUUUUUUAAUCGGUGAAUCGACCCAUUAAUUUGAAGUACAAGCUGGAACUCUGGAAAAUUCUUUCCAUAUGUGAAUACAGAGAAGUAAAUAUGGUCUAAAUAUACAAGGAUCAUUUUCUGAUAAUUUCCGCUAGAGAAAAAUUAUUUGUUUGUUUUUCAAACAGUAUUAGACUUGUUAUGGCGUCCAUGUAAUACUAUCAGUGAUACUAAUCAAAGCUAGAUGUUCGAAGAGGAAUCAAGCAUACUUUUCGAUUUGAAUAGAAUCCUUGUGUUUAUUUGAAUAAACAAUUUUUCAGACAAAAUGUUAUCUUGAGAAAUGAUUAGGAGGUUUAAUUACCUGUUGUAACUUGCGAUUACCAUCAGGGAAGAACAUUGAGUCAUGUAGUUGGUAAAAGCAAAGCUUUUCCUUGAUUUUCCGAUUCAAGGAACUCAUCACCAACAAGGUAGAUUUCAAACAAUUACAAUGACAUAUUACAUACCAGAAUGAGUGAUCUUGUCUUUUGUCUUUUACAUUGCUGGUCAACAGCUGCACCUUGAAUUUCAAAGAUAACUCUAACCAUCUCACUGUUAGUUUUGGCUGUGUUUUUUUCAAUCAUAACGAAUAAUCAGUUUGCGUUAUAGUUGUUAAUUAGUUUUUGUUCCAUGUUGAUACAUUGUUGUGUUUGAGCUAUGUAGACAGAUGCAUAUCUCGUCAUGAACACCCUUGUGGAAUCAUUGUCCAAACCGUGGAUUUCCAAAUGAGAGCGAUGCUGCCUCAACAUAUGCGUGACAUAAUGUUUACUGAAACAACACACAAAAAAGUAAAAUAUCAACCAACUUUACUUAUCUGAGAUGAAUUAUUUAUAACUAUUUGAAAAUUGCAAAAUUAUUUGAAUCUAACCAUUGUUGUAAUAUUUACAUCUCUUAUCUGCAGUUGUGUACGUGAAUUUGUGAAAGUAAAAUAUUUCUUAUCAUAUGAGAAGCUAUUGUUUAUUGUUUAAAUGUUUACUUGAGUAACCAAAUUUGAAAACAAAUUAUAUAAAAUAAAUAUAUACAUAUACAUGGAUGAA